GAUCGACGCCUCUCCUCUCUAUAUAUAGAUUCCUCUGUUCACCAGUGGCGUUUUUUGACCGGUUUCCGCCGCCUACGCCGCGCUCCUCCGAUGCCCUUUCCAUUUCCAGCUACCCCAAUUCUCCAUCCUUCUUUUUGUUCUUCUUAGUUUCCGUUUCUUACUUCUCGUCUUGAGAUUGCAGGAAUUGGGUUGGUUUUUAUAAGGAUUUUGUAGGAUCAUGGCGGCCAUGGCUCAGCUACAUUGCUCCCUUCGCCCUAGGAAUUACUAUAAUGUUCCGUGUAACCAUGCUUACAACAACACUCCGGCUUUCUCUUUUCUUUCCGAUUCAUCAGUGAUUCAAUCGCGGACCCGAUCUCUCUCUCUUUUUCAUACGGAUUUGACCAGGCCUAGUUUUCUCGCGAAAUCUGAACUCUCUCUUGCUGGUGGUGGUGAUGGUGGGGACGGUGUUGGCCGCGGCGGAGGAGGUGGCGGAGGUGGCGAUAGUGGUGGCUGGAGCGAUGAUCGGGCGCAUGGGGAUGAUGAUUCAUCGAGUUUUGGAGUUUUGGGAUUGUUUCUCAAGGGGUGGAGAUCCAGAGUUGCGGCGGAUCCACAGUUUCCUUUCAAGGUUCUGAUGGAAGAAUUGGUUGGUGUGAGUGCUUGUGUUCUUGGAGACAUGGCGUCCCGCCCAAAUUUCGGUCUCAACGAACUCGAUUUCGUCUUCUCCACCCUCGUCGUUGGAUCUAUACUGAACUUCACUCUCAUGUACCUGUUGGCACCCACUGCAGCAGCUGGGGUAGCAGCCAAGCAGCUUCCUGCAAUAUUUUCAAGCUGCCCCACGAGUCACAUGUUCGAACCCGGUGCCUUCACCGUCUUGGAUCGAUUGGGAACCUUCGUCUACAAAGGUACCGUCUUCGCUGCAGUAGGACUAGCAGCCGGGCUUGUCGGGACCGCACUCUCUAAUGGCCUGAUCAAGCUGAGGAAGAAGAUGGAUCCCGAAUUCGAGACGCCGAACAAGGCACCUCCCACAUUGUUGAAUGCCUUGACUUGGGCCAUCCACAUGGGCGUCAGCAGCAACUUGAGAUACCAAACAUUGAACGGGGUUGAAUUCGUGUUGGCCAAGGGGCUCCCCCCUCUGGCAUUCAAGAGCUCUGUGGUGGUGUUGAGAUGUUUGAACAACGUUCUAGGGGGUGUGUCGUUCGUUAUCCUCGCUCGAGCGACGGGUUCGCAGAGCAUCGAGCAGCCGAAGGCAGCAGCCGUGGAGUUAGAUUCAGCUGAUGAGAAAGAGAAGCUGUUGGAGGGGGAUAAAGAUGAGGAGUUGAAGUGAGAAUGGGAAUCAAUGAAUCCAUUCAGAUAUCAGAGUUCAGAGUUGAGGCCUUUCAGCAAGAACUUGGUUUGGUUGAUAUAUCAUUUUGGCUUUGUCUCUAUUGUUAAUAUAUGCUCUCCAUCAUCUGUGGGUGUGACUAAGGAGUAAGAGGUAAUUUUACUUUGCUUGUAACAAUAAUAAAGCCCAAGUAUUGAGGAUUACUAUUUCCUGAGUUAGCUAUGAUCAUGAGUUGUUUUUAUAGGCAAAAUUAUGUCUUUUUGCUUCAGCUUUUCUGGGUUAGAGUUGAUGCUCAAAAAGUUCUUCUUCUUUGGUUAGGGGUAUUGAAGACUUACUCUGAAUUUUUGUUUUGAAGUACUCUUUUUUUUUCUCCAAUAAAAAGGAAUAUCGAAAGUUGAGGUUACUAAA